AUGCUGACUUCCUUUUCUUUUCCCCAGGAUGGCAAGGAGUUACCCCCACCAAUUAUCAUUGACAUUGACACUCCCUAUGCAGUAAAGCCCUGCAAGGAAAACUAUAAUGGAUCUGAGAUGCUGAAGAAUCUGAUCCUGACAUUCCUGCAGCAGUAUUACAUGAUCUACGACUCUGGAGACCGACAUGGUCUCCUCAGUGCUUACCAUCACAGGGCCUACUUCUCCCUGACCAUUCCCUUCAACCCCGAGGACCCAGCUCCGAGCAGCUUGUGGGAGUACGUCAAGGACAGUAGGAAUAUGAAGAAGCUCAAGGACCCCUACCUGCGGGUCCAGCUGCUGAAACACACAAAACGUGACAUUGUGCACUCCCUCUGCCUGUUGCCCAAAACUCAGCAUGUUUUUGUCAUUGAAGUGGAAGGAAGGUCUCAGGGUUCUGUUCGUGCCUUCACCCGGACCUUCAUCUCUAUCCCUGCCAGCUAUUCCAGUCUUUUCAUUGUGAAUGACGAGCUGUUUGUGAGGGACACCAGCCUUAAUAAGACCCUGAGCACUUUCUCCAUCUCAGUUCCCACACCCUCUGCUAGUUCCAUGCCCACGCUAUCCCAGGAGCAGCAGCAAAUGGUACAAGAUUUCUCCACCCAGUCUGAGAUGAACCUCCAGUGGUCUCAGAAGUGCCUUCAGGACAAUGACUGGAACUACACCAGAGCUGGUCAGGUCUUCACUAAGUUCAAGGCCGAGGGCAAGAUCCCAGAGGAGGCCUUCAAACAAAUCCCCUAAAAGGAGCCCUUGGAUGACUCUUUGUCUACAUCCACAUCAUCUUUGUUUCUCUCUUCUCCAGCCUCAGGCCACGCCCAUGGCUGAGGUUGGAGGCCUGGCCAACUAAGAAGCCAAAGUUAUCUUGUAGGCCAGGUAACAUAACCACCUGAAGGGUCAGUUGUUCUGUGUAUUUUCAUACUCACGAUUGCUGUUUAUUUUCUUAAUAAAGAGUGAUG